AUGACGGAACGAGAUAUCACUGCGUCACCUAUCGGUGACGCAGCAGAGGGAAGGGUGUCGCCUCGUUCGCUCAAACGACCAUUCCCCCCCGAAGAUUCCGACGGAGAGUGUGCCAACUCCUUUACAAGUACCAACAAAGAGGCUGACUCACCGAAAUGCAUCAGCAAAAGUGUCGUGAAACCCGGAGAGUCCACGAAUGCCGUUAAAACCAAUAAAAAAAAGCCAAAGCACCAGGAGAGUACCUUGGCCCCGCAGCCGCAGCUGCAAUGCCAACACCCGAAGCAUGAGAUAUAUCUGAAACUCACGAAAUCCAGGCUUUCCAGGAAAUCACCGGCGAAAGCGGACAAGGAAAGAAGCAACCAAUUGGUGACCAUGUUCAAGCGAUUGGAAGGUGUCUUUGACUUGGACAGCAAAGCUUUGAUGUGUAAGCGAUGUCUCAGACAGACCGACAAAGAUCUCGAGUCGACCUCUGUCGUAUCAUAA